CAUCGGUGCAUAUGCAGAUCGAGUAUCUCCUAGCCAAAGGACUCAUCCGGCCAUCCACUUCGUCAUACGGUGCCCCUGUACUUUUCACACUGAAACAGGACGGAAGCCUGCGCAUGUGCAUCGACUACCGAGCUCUUAACAAGCAGACCAUCAAGAAUAAAUAUCUGAUACCGCGAAUCGAUGACCUGCUUGACCAGCUUCGGGGAGCUACGGUAUUUUCCAAACUGGAUCUGCGGUCCGGGUACUGGCAGAUACGGAUGGCGGACAACUCUAUCCACAAAACUGCUUUCCGAACUCGGUAUGGAUCGUACGAGUAUUUGGUAAUGCCGUUCGGACUCACCAACGCGCCGGCAACGUUCCAAGCCGAAAUGAACCACAUUCUACGACCAUUUCUGGACGAAUGCGUGGUGGUGUACCUGGACGACAUACUCAUCUACUCGCGCGACAUGAAGCAGCACUUACUACUCGAAGAAUACCACGACGUCCUGUACGCCGGACACUUCGGUAGCAACAAAACGCUCACCGGUAUCGCCAAACACUACUACUGGCCCCAUAUGGCAGACGACGUCCAGAAAUUCGUCACAUCGUGUGAUAAAUGUCAGCGGAUGAAGAGCAGCAAGCAGAAAAAGGAGGGACUACUGCAGUCUCUUCCUGUCCCAGAACAGCCAUGGCAAGUGGUUAGCCUCGACUUCAUCACCAGGUUACCACCUACCACCAGCAAUCAUGACGCAAUCCUUGUCGUCAUUGACAAGUUCUCCAAAAUGGGAUACUUCAUCCGGACACACACGACGGCACGCACCGAAGAGACAGCACAGCUCUUCGUUCGUCACAUCAUCUCACAGCAUGGCAUCCCAACCACACUCAUUUCCGACCGAGACCCCAAGUUCACCAGCAAGUUCUGGAAGGAACUUAUGUCUCUUCUCGGGACCAAACUCGCCAUGUCAUCUGUAUACCAUCCGCAGACAGACGGACAGACCGAGCGCCUCAACCAAAUUGUUGAACAACUCCUCGGCGCAGCCUGCAAGGACGACAUCUCCAAAUGGGACUUGCAUCUGCCCGUCCUGGAGUUUGCCUACAACAAUGCCACACAUGCCGCUACUGGACAGAUGCCGUUCUUCCUCUGCUACGGACGUCAUCCACUCACACCACAAAAACCGACCACAUCCGCUACGGUACAACCUGCACAUGAUUUCAUCACAACCAUGCAUCAGCUUUGGGAUCGGACCCACAAGCGCCUCCUCGACAUUCAGCAGCAACAAAAACGCCAGGCCGAUCGCCAUCGCAACGACCACACCAUCAUGGUGGGAGACCAGGUGCUUCUUGACACCCGCAACCUGGACAUCAGCCACCUCCCAUCUAAACUUCGACCUCGCUUCUGCGGGCCUUUUCUUGUUGAAGCACAGGUUCCGUAGGAGGACUGUGUACGUCAGCAACGA